AUGGUGUACAAUGGCAGGAAAAACAAAUUGACUUUCGAUCUUGAACUAUCGGCUUACGAAACAGAAAGGGAAAAUUUGCGCAUUUAUCAGUUAAUUAUUCGUUUAUUCAUUUUGGUCAGUUAUCCUUUCAUGUUGAUUGUAAGCUGGGCUACGAUUAGUAUUCUCAUUUACAAAAGAAUCGAGGAACGUGCUAACUAUAUUAGAGCAACUGUCUGUGCGAUUUUCAUGAAUUUAUGCGUUCUGUACGAAGCAACCGGAUUGUUAUGGAUAAUCUCAAUAACCACGUUAAUAUUAACUAUGAUAAUGAAAAGAUUCCAUGUCCUGUCUAAUGAUCUGCAGCGUGCUAAAACUACUUGUUCUUAUGAUGCUAUUCAACAAUUGAUAACGAAACACAACGAAUUGUGCGAAUUUUUAAAUCAGAUUAAUGAUAAAUGGAGCCAGAGUCUUUUCUUUCUUUACGGUUUUAUUAUUACUUUUGUAUCGUUUCUGUUAUACAACACGGUAUUUCCCGGUUUCCCUGCGCAUUUGUAUGUUUUCGUUUGUCUGGCAACUGCAGUUUCUAUCUCAGGAGCAAUUACCAUUUCUCUCAUUGUUUCUCGUGUUUCUUCAGCUGCUUACGAUUCUUUUCAAGAAAUUCGAAAAUUAGGAGCAGGAAACUUCAGAUUAGAAGAAAAACUAAAGAUGCUGGAUUUCAUGAAGAAAUUUCGUGAAAAUGAAAUUGGAUUCAGUUGUGGAGAUUGUUUCAUGUUUUCGAAAGAAACGGCAGUUGAGGUAUACAAUGCAUUAUAUACCGUAUUCAACAUGUUGCUACAGAUUAGAGACAUCUGGUUGGGAGUAGAUUCGAAAUGUGUUGCUUCGAAACAUUCAAUUUCACCUCUCAAUGCUACAGAGACGGUUUCUCAGAAAUGA